AUGUGGUCGAAGAGGAACAACCCCGCAAGUGGUGCAGCAAGUGGCGACGGCACCGGCGAUGAAGAAGUAUCCGGCGAAGCAGCCGGUGACGAUGCAGUGGUGACAGGCGAGGACGAGGCCGACCCAGGCGAGGCAGCCCCGGGCGAGACAAUCGACUGGGUGGGCGAAUCAGUCGUCUCGAGGCCAACCAAGGCGCGGCAGCCCGGCCCAGGCAAGAUCGCCGGCUCGGGAGAAGCAGGCCCAGGUGAGAUCACCGGCUCGGGGGAGGCCGGCGCAGGGGAGACCAGCCCAGGCAAGGCCAGCCCAGGCGAGACCGGCCCAGCCUCAGAAGAGGCCGGCACGGGUAGAGCCCGCGCUGAAGAGCCCGGUCCAGACGCUGAAGAGCCCGGUCCAGGCGUGCAUGGCGCAUGCACGAGGCCACUCCCCACGUCAGGUGCAGUUGAUGGCUCCGGCUCCUCCAGCAACUCAAGGCGAGCUCCACGACCCGUUCCUGCAGCAUGA